GCACGCGUGCGCGCUCCCUCGGUGCAGCUGGUCUGUGAGCGUAAGUGGGAGGUGGCAGGCCUCGGUCUCUGGCCUUGUCGACUGACUGAAUUCGCGAGGCGUCUCCAGCCAUGAACCGGUUUGGUACCCGGCUAGUGGGAGCCACGGCGAUCCCGCCGCCGCCGCCGCCGAAACCCCGCAGCAAUGAAAACCUCGACAAAAUUGAUAUGUCUCUGGACGAUAUCAUCAAAUUGAAUCGAAAGGAAGGAAAGAAGCAGAAUUUUCCACGACUAAAUAGAAGACUCCAGCAAAGUGGUGCCCGACAAUUCAGGAUGAGAGUACGAUGGGGAAUCCAACAGAAUUCUGGUUUUGGUAAGAAUAAUCUGAGCCGUAGAGGAAGAAUGAUGCCUGGGAAGAGACGUCCUUAUGGAGUUAUCACUGGCCUUGCAGCUAGGAAAACAACUGGAAUUCGAAAAGGAAUUAGUCCUAUGAAUCGACCGCCUCUAAGUGACAAGUCACUUAGACUGGAAAUAUUCAAGUUGUUGCAGCUUCUCUGUUUCUGUAACCUGCACAUCAAAGCAGUGAAUAUAGAGAGAUAUUUUCCAGCGUUAAAAAGGAAGGCAAACCUUCUGAGACAAAAUGAAGUGCAGAGAAAACCAGUUGCAGUUCUUAAGAGACCUAACCAGCUAAAUAGAAAAAAUAACAUCCCAACCAAUUAUACCAGGAAUGGAAAUAAAUUAAGUCAUCAGAAAGACACUCGUCAGGCAACUUUUCUUUUCAGAAGAGGCCUGAAGGUUCAGGCCCAGUUGAACACAGAACAACUGCUAGAUGAUGUAGUAGCAAAGAGAACUCGUCAAUGGCGGACUUCCACCACAAAUGGAGGAAUUUUAACUGUAUCCAUUGAUAACCCUGGAGCAGUGCAGUGCCCAGUAACUCAGAAACCACGAUUAACUCGUACUGCUGUGCCUUCAUUCUUGGCAAAACGGGAGCAAUCUGAUGUAAAGAAAGUCCCUAAAGGUGUUCCCCUGCAAUUUGAUAUAAAUAGUGUGGGAAAACAGACAGGGAUGACUUUGAAUGAGCGAUUUGGAAUCCUGAAGGAACAAAGAGCCACUCUCACAUUCAACAAAGGAGGAAGCCGCUUUGUAACCGUGGGAUAGAACCCAUGUUAAAGGGACUUUUGAGUGAUGACUCUGUUAAAAAAGUUGAAUUGCUUGAAGAGUUUAUCACAGAAAUUCAAGAAACUUUAUUUCAAAAUAUUCACAAGGCUAAAUACUCUUUUUAUUUUUGAAGUUUUUUUUUUUUUAACGUAUAAAUAAUGCCCUGAAAGAAUAACAGGGAAUAUGCCUACCUGUUAAAGAUUUCUUGGUUGAGCCAGAUUGAACAAUUCUCCAGUUGACUUUUUGGUUCCUCAUACAGCAGAAAGACAGAAAGACAAAAAUUAUUUUUAUGAUAGUGGUAUUUAGGAUUUCAUCUCCUUUGCCCACUUUUUGUACUUUGCCAUGGUAAAUCUUGGUCUUCAGAAAUAUGAGUAGGUCCUUUUGUUGCUGUCCCUUAUCCUUUAAUAGUGUUGAUGUAGUAAGUGCAGUUGACUUCCUUCAUUAGAGAUAUUUAAAAACUUAGAAUUCUACUUUUGGGUUUUAAGAUUUAUGGGAAGAUCUGGAACUUGGUUCAUUUUUCAGAUAGUGUUAGGCUAAUGCUCCAGAGUUAUAAAUCUUUAAAGUUGAAAUUUUAACAAGAAAGGUGACUCUAGCAUAAGUCUCAGUUUAAAAUGUUGCUCUUUGAAGGCAAUAAAUGCAUGUUUACAAAUAUGCCUAAUAGAGCCUUGGAGGAGAAAGUCCAAUGUAAAAAUCUGACAAUUUUUGUAAGUAAAUGAAGAAAGCAUGAGAGGAAGUAGCAGGUUGAAGGCAGGUUACUGAGGUGAAAAACUUUAAAACCCAGGUCAUAGGUAUACUGUUUGGAUUUAGUGUAGUCUUGAGUCUAGUGUUCACAAAGAAUUUUUCAAGUGAUAUUUAGAAAAAUUAUAAUUAUUAAAGUGGAUUGAGUCCCUUAGAUAUUUUGAUGAUAAAAUUAAAAGCUAUAAAGUCCUAUACUCUUCUUCGAAAAGUUAAAUUUUAUAGGCUUUAAACUUGCUAAAUUAAACAGUAUACAGCCCCCAAAACAAAAAUAUACUUGUAUAUGUCACAAAGAAAAAAAUGCAAAAUGAAAAUAUAGUUAUGUUGUAACUUUGUUUUAUACCUUUCGCUCUGACUUGUAUGAAAUUGAGGCAUUUAUGGUGAGAAGAAUAUUAUUUCCCCCCACACUCUGGAGGGAGGGAUAGGAGAAGUUAGUCAGUUGUGCCAAGCUAGUGCUAAGAGUCCUCAGAUUGUUGUAUACUACAAGUUACAGUAUAAAGCCAAAAUGCAGCAAAAUAUCCAGUUAUAAAUUUAGUCAUUUUGAAGCUUAAUCUUUUGGUUUGAUAUAAUAUUAAAGCUUCUAAGUAGGUAUUAGAUUCCUUCCCUAGAGUGUACUGUUAGUGUUGAUUUUCCCUGUUUAAAAACAAAACGUUAAGUUAUGGCUCCUGCCUGACUUGCAUUGUAUACUAGACUUCAUUAUUGUCUCCCAUGCUCCUUGGGUUACUUGGUUUAUGCUAGCCAUGAAAAGCUCUCAGAAACAGUUUCAUGCUUCUACCAAAGAAUUAAAUCUGAUCCUUAAUAUCUGGUAUUUUGCCAGUAAGUCUACUGAUAAGGGAUUAUUGGAAGCCAGUUAUACAAUUUGAAAAUAAAUUUUAGUCUCUCCUUAGGCCAAUGCUUCACUCAUUGCAAAACAUUUUUGCAAAUAUAAAUGCUUAGAUUUUAUUCAUUAACAAUACAUUUUAGACUGGUUUAGAAUUACCAGUAUAUUUUAAAGCCAAGGAUAAACAACUGAGCAGUUUGUUGUCUUUAGAACAGUUUGUGAAAAUAUGGAAUAAAGGUGUUUUCGUUUUCUUGUUAUUUUAAAUAUUGUACAGAGCUGUUAUUAUUAUUAAUGCAUUUUUUGGGAAAACCUUAAAAAUUGCCCCAAGUAUUGACAUAGUACAUCAAACCACAACACAGUAUCGUUGGUAUAUUAAAUUUUUGCUCUUCGUGCAUCUGUAAUUUCAUUUUCUUUUUAAAUAUAAAAUUUUGCUUUUGUUAUAACUAAAUUAAAAUUCUUUAGUGCUAAUGUGUUAUAUAUAAACAAAAGAGUAUGCUUUGUUGGAGGAAAUUUUUCUUUCUUAGAAUGUGGUUGUUGUCAUCCUUUUUCAGUUCUUAACGUUUUAUUUUUUAAAUAAGAUGCAACUUAAAAUUUCUUUUGCAUCAAGGUGUAUGCAAAACAUUGAUGCAGUGCAUCACAAAAUGAAAGUUUAUAUUUAAUGAGGAGAUGCUUUACACUGUACUUUUUAGUGUUUUUUGGAAAAGUUACAUUUAGAUCUAUUCUGAAGCUGUUAAUUUUUAACAAAUAAAAUGUUACAGGUCUCACAUGA